GUGUAUACCGUUGAUAAUUUGAUGAACGUACGAUUGUCAAAUUUGACAAUUUGAUUUGCUUUUUUGUUCUUCAAUGUUAUUCAUAUGCUUUCACUUGGAAUGAAAGUUGCACGUGUGGAAUUAUAAAGUUAUAAUUAUAUAUUAUAUUAAUUUAUAUAAAAUUCAUUAAAUUGUCCAUAAUGACAAUACAACUUGAUAAAAAGGGUUUAAUGUCCCUAAUGCGCACAGAGAAUGAGCGUAUUAUGGAUAUGCUACUUACUUAUAAUGUGCCGGACUCAAUUGAAGACAUCGAAUAUGAUGAUUAUCUGCUGAAUAAUGAAAAAUCUGCUGCUAAAGCCAAAAAUGCGUUGGAUGCCCGAAAAGCAACACCUAUUGACGAAUUGCAGGAUCGUCUUAAUAUUAUCAAAAACAAGAUGAAAACCAAAAAGCGUCCAGCGUCAGAGGGGUCACAAAAGAGACGUGAAGCGAAAAAGCUGAGAAAAAAUAAAGAAGUUAAAAAAAUAUUAGUCUCCGCUGCGAAAUCUAUGAAAAACGAGAAUCAGAAAUUUGCAAAUGUAAGUGGGGGUGACAAAGAGGACAAAAAAGAUAUUAAGAAAGUCCUACCAAAACCAGUCUUUAAUGAGGAAGGUAAAAUUGUAUUUUCUAAAUUUGAUUUUGCGUCUCAUCCCGGAGCCAAAGUGAAAAAAUCGCAUCAAAAUCCUCGUGAGAUUUUGAAGAAAAUAAAGCAAACAGAUAAAAAAAUAAACGAACUCAAAGAACAAGGCGAAGUGGAGAAAGCUUCUGAAAUAAAAAGUGAAAUGGCUUGGAAGAAAGCCUUUGAUAAAAUUGAAGGCAAAAAAGUAAAGGACGAUCCCAAAUUGUUAUAUAAAGCCAUCAAAAAACGAAAGAGCGAGAAGAAGAAAUCGAAGAAAGAUUGGGUGGAACGUAAACAAAAGGUUGAAUCGGGCAUAGAACAGAGACAAAAGAAACGGCAAGAAAACAUCAACAAACGCAUCAAGGAUAAAAAGACCAAGAAGCAAAAGAAGUUAUCCAAAAAGGGGCGGGUUAUACCCGGUUUCUAAUAAAGUUAAGCAGUUAUUUUUAAGUUCAUAGUAUAAUAAAUAAAAAAUAUAUAAAGCUGACUUUUCAUUGAAAUUUCAUUCAAACAAUAUUUAUAUAUGAAAGAUUUUAGAAUAAGUUAAUUCAGUUAUAAAUUUUCUAUCAUUUAUAAAUAUAAAUUGCUCUAAGUACGCUGAAUUUGAAGUUUAAAUCUCAUUUUUCGUGAUAUACUCUUCCAGGAAAAGCAACGAGUUUACCAGUACAAUAACGUUAUUUUAAUGUUGUUUAAAUUGUACGCUGCAAUAAUAACAUUACGUCACGUUACGUUUUAUGGCAACGUUUUGAAAACAGCUGACUUGAGUUUUGCCUAGAUCUCGGCAUUCAUUGAACAUACUGCAAAUAGCAGUUGCUUGUGAUGACAUUUCGUUUUCGCAUAUUUGUGGUAUCUUUGUCAUAUAACAAUUCGGUCGCUGUUGACGUCGUCGCGGAAACAUAAACAGUGUUGCAUUUUGAAAUUGUGUUUGGUAAAUAUCAUUUCAUUUGGUGUAAACAUUCUCUCCGAACUUUGUUUUUUUACAUUUAAUGGUUCUAAUUUUUCGAGUCCGUGAGUUGUUAUUCAACGUGAGUUGUAGCCCUGUUCACAGCUGUCUGUCAAUUCGCAUAAUAUUUCGCAGUCGCAGCAGCGAAAAAAAGUUGAUAUUAACAACGGCAGCAAGGCAAAAGGAACACAAAAAGUCAGCAGUGCAGUUGAAAAUGAAGAAGUUUGCAAACGGUACAAAGAUAUAAAGCAAAGACAGAAGUGAAUAAAGCAAAAAAAAAGAAAAGAGAACGAUAGAAAAAUAUAUUUUGACAACGUUUUUUCCAUUCGCAAAACGAACUACGUCUUAUAAAACAAAAUAAUCACUUCAAAAUUUGCUGAAAUACAAAAUUGCUAAUAAAAAAAGUUAUCGAAACACGCGUUAAAAAUCGCUGAAAGUACAAAAAGUGAACGCGUUCGGACAAAAAAGCCUGGGAGGCGACGAGGAUCGUCCAAAUAAAACAAGAGCAACGUGAACACUACCUACGAUUCCAUUGAAAAAAAUUUGGGUAUAAUAAAUUGUAGAGCUGAACUGAUAAAAGCCGAGUAUUUGAGGAGGUGUAAAAAUAGACAGAGACAGGAAUUCAGCAGAACCAUGAGUGUUGUACGACACUUUGUGCUCCUGUCACAAUUGCCGAGACUUGGACCAAAUUACUACUGGCUAAAAGGAGUCUGUUGCGCGAGCGUCGUUAGCCAUAUCAGAAGUAUCAAUGGCACAUUGACCUCAACACGUUGUUUGCACAAUCACACAGAUGGCAAGGAGCCCUUCCGCACAAUCGUCACAGCUACUGCGGCGUCGUCGGGCAAUGACGGCACCACCAACGGCAGCACCACAUCGGGCACAGGCGCCAGCAGUGGCGGUUCGAUGGGUGGUGUCGGCGGUGGUGGUGGCGCCUCGACCACAGGUAGCAGCGGUGAACCGCCCAAUGACAAGAAUACACUCUCCUGUCCGAAAUGUGGUAAUCCAUGCACGCAAGUGGAGACAUUUGUCAGUUCGACACGUUUCGUAAAGUGUGCUAAAUGUAAUCACUUCUUCGUCGUGCUCUCCGAAGUCGAUACGAAGAAGAAUGCAAAGGAGGAGCCGAAAAAUUAUCGUAAACCACCACCGCCACCACAGAAAAUUAUGGAGUACUUGGAUCGUCAUGUGGUCGGACAGGAUUUUGCGAAAAAGGUACUUGCCGUCGCCGUAUACAAUCACUACAAACGCAUACACCAUAAUUUGCCACAAGUACAGACGCAAACGAACAUACAGUCCAACGAUGCAAUGGGCCGCACCGAUUUGCUGCACAUAUCCGGCAUUGGACACACAAUAGGCAACACAUCCGGCACCGAAUUGCCGCCGAAGGGCCAUUUGUCCGGUGCUGGUAAUAGCGGUGGCGCACAUCAUGCGCAUUCAGAUAGUGGUUCGGAAAUAUUGGAUAAGCAAAAUUACGAAGUGAAAUUAGAGAAGAGUAAUAUUUUGAUGUUGGGCCCAACUGGUUCGGGUAAAACUUUGAUUGCACAGACAAUUGCACGGUGUCUCGAUGUACCGUUUGCGAUUUGUGAUUGCACUACACUCACACAAGCCGGCUAUGUGGGCGAGGAUAUCGAAAGCGUAAUUUCAAAGCUGCUACAAGACGCUAACUACAAUGUUGAGCGUGCUCAAACCGGAAUUGUGUUCUUGGAUGAAGUCGACAAAAUCGGCGCUGUGCCCGGCAUACAUCAAUUACGCGACGUCGGCGGCGAGGGUGUGCAACAGGGCAUGUUGAAGAUGUUGGAAGGCACCAUUGUUAACGUGCCCGAACGUAAUUCGCCGCGUAAACUGCGAGGCGAGACUGUACAAGUGGACACCACGAAUAUACUAUUUGUGGCGUCGGGCGCCUACACUGGACUGGAUCGCCUGAUUGCAAGGCGACUCAACGAAAAGUAUUUGGGUUUCGGCAUACCAUCCACAAAUUCGUCCGGGCGUCGUGCCGCUCAAUCGACCGCUUCUCCUAUGGAUAGUGAUCAGGAGGAACGUGACAAAAGCCUGAAAAAAGUGCAAGCUAGAGAUCUCGUCGAAUUCGGCAUGAUACCUGAAUUUGUUGGACGCUUCCCCGUAAUUGUUCCCUUCCACAGUCUCAAUGUGAGUAUGCUGGUGAGAAUACUAACCGAACCCAAGAAUGCCUUAAUACCGCAGUACAAGGCGCUCAUCGGCAUGGAUAAGGUGGAGUUGACCUUCGAACGUGAUGCCAUCGAGUCGAUAGCCGCCAUGGCAAUGGAGCGUCAUACCGGUGCACGUGGCCUGCGUUCGAUUAUGGAGCAAUUGCUGCUAGAUCCCAUGUUUUUGGUGCCCGGCUCCGACAUCACCGGUGUACACAUCACCGCCGACUACGUGAAGGGCGACACACAGCCUGUGUAUGUACGCAAAGAAAAUGGCGAUGACGGUACCGCGGAUGAGAAUGAUAGUGAGGGUAAAAACUAUGAGGACAGCGAAAGCGCCAAAGUACGCAUCACGCAAUAAAAUGACACUUGUACACGUUGGAAAUGUUGCGGCGACAUGUCCUAACAAAGCAAUGCUUGAAUAUUUUUGAUUAAACAAAAACCAAAAAAAAAAACAAAAAAAAAUCGACUUUAGCUCGAAGCAAUCUCACUAAAACAACAACAACAAAAUGAGACAAAUGUGUUUGCGGUUGCGUUGUGGCGUUGCGUUGGUCCUCCUUUUACAACAACUACACAAAUUGAACAAGUACUCCCCGUACUUUAUGUUAUAUUUUUGAACAGCUAAUAGGAAACAGAAUAUCUUUAAGAAAUAUUUAAAGGCAAAAAAGAAAAAAAAAACACAUUUAUAUAUUGAAAUUGCCACA